AUGGGUGGUGGUUAUAGAAGAGGUGAUGGUGGUAGUGGUAAUGAAGGAGAUGUUAGUGGAGAUGCUGGUUAUGGUGGUGGCAGAUUAUGUGAUAAUAGAGGUGACAGAAAUGAUGAUGGAGGAUUUGACACAUGCUAUAAGAAACAUGGUCUGCCUCCUCACUUACAAAGAAAUGGUGCUGCUAACAACACAUUCACUGAUGAAGUUGAUGAAACCAGUGAUUCUCAAAAUGCCAAUGUUAAAGAGGGUGAGAGCUCAGCUUAUAGCCUGACCAAUGACCAAAGGAAUGCACUAAUGUCUCUCCUUCACCAGUCCACACCACCAUCAUCCACAAUCAAUCAAAUUUCUGCACAACAACCCAAGGAUCUCAAUAUCACUCAAGAUUUGGGACCAUCAUCCAUUGAAGAUGAUUGGCACAGCUGAGAGUAAUGGCGGAUUAUAUGCGCUUGGUCACACAAAAACACACACUGAGGUCUCUCAUUCAUCACCAAAUACACAUCAUCAUAUAAACACACAUGCAUCAUCAUCACAAGCCCAAGGCAGUCAAAUUUGGCAUAGAAG